AUGCCGGGCAAGUACUUGUUCAAGACUCCCGGGGAAGGGGAUAGAGAUGGGCAACGGUGGCUCAGCAACCAGCGCUUCGGCUCCGGCGCCGGUGCGCCCCGCCUUCGGGACCCCCGGGGCUUCAUUGCCUGGAUCGCGGUCGUCUGCGCCCCCGCCGGACUGCAAGCUGCAAGGGGCGAGGGUGGCGGCUGCCUCGUUGUCUGGGGUGGCGCGGACCCGGCGCCGCGCCUGACCCGUUGUAGGUGCCCCACGGACGCGUUGGGCGACCGGAGCGAACGGAGGCAAGGGGAAGAGUCCGGCAGAAGGUCCUGUUUACGGGAGCCGCUCGAGUCCGCGCAGCCCUGGGAGAGGCGUUGCCGUGGCAACGGGCCGGGCGCCCGCCAGCUGCGGAUGAGCUCACUGGAGCGGCGGCGGGCGGGGGGCGGCGACGGGGCGCGCGGCCCGGCGGAGAGGACGCGGCAGCCGGCCGAGCCCGCCCUCCACUCGCCCACCGCGGCGGCCGGGCGGCGGGCACGCGAGCAGAGGGCGCGCGGCUCUCCGGGCGCCGGGAGAGGCCCGGCCGACUGCAGGGCGGAGGGCCGCGGGCCAUGGCGCCCCGGGCCCCCGCCUCCCGCCGCCCCCGCCCGCCCGGGCGCCCCCGAGCUGCGCCUCGGAGACCGCGGAGCGGCGGCCCGCCGGGAGGUAGGGCCGAGCCGGGGGAAGCGAGGAGGGGACGAGGGGCUGGGGGUGGGGGCGCCGCGGAGGGGUACGCGCCUGGGGGAGGGGAGGCGGCGGUGGGAGCUGCCCCCGGCCGGAGAGGGGAAGUGGCUCUUUGCAGACCCACGGCCGGGGCUCCCGUGUGCGGACGUGGGGACCGAGGCGCUUCGGCCCGACCUGUGGGACUUGAGCAAAGUACUGGCCGGACGGCCUCCGGGGGCUCGGGACGACUUUCAGGGCCGAGUGGGGAAGCCGUUGUCCCGCGCCUCGGAAACCUGCAGAAACUGGGCAGAGCCGGCUCUCUGCCGGGCUGGGUCCCAGGGGCGAGAGUGUGAGAAAAGCCUGUUCUGGUUGUUGGGUGGGGGCCUGGAGGAUGUGACCAAGGUCACGCAGCACCCAGGCCUGGCGUUACUGACGCACAGACAAUUGGCGAUGCUGAGGCGACUUGGAGCUCCUCUUGGUGCUGACGUGAUGACAGGGUGCAGGCCGGCCAAGGGCAGCCACAGCCAGACCGAAAACCUGAGCUACAAAUUGGCUGACAAGGUCAAGGUGGAAGGUCCAAAGGCUGGGGAAGACCCUCGAAGGCUGCCAUUUAGGUCCCCCAUUCCUUUGCCAGAGACUGAUCAGGAUUCACCCCCCAGAAGAAGCUCAUUGGAAAGUCUCAGUAACCUGAUGCUAGAGUCAAGAGCGAACUGUCUUCAGCAGAACAUGUUCAGCUCAAAUAUGAUCAUCAGCGACCCAGCUUCAGGUCUCAGUGCUAAAGAAGCCAGCAAGGCGGGCAAGAGGCAGCUCAGCGGUGUUCAGAACCCCUGCCCUCCUGCCCAGGGAGGGGCCCUGCACAAGCCCCUCAGCAUAAAGGACAAGAUAUCCAGAUGGGAAGGGAAAAAGGAGUUGCCCACCCCUGCACCCUGCAGGAGAGCAGAUGGGCAAGAGGACUACCUGAUGUCCUGUGUGAUGGGGAGGAGGAACAGUGAUGGUAUGAGAGCGUGGGUCACAGAGGUGCAGGAUGGAACCAGGCCUGAGACAGAGAGCAAGGAGAAUGAGAGGAAUAAAGGGGUCAUGAAAGUUGGGGGACAAGAUGCAGAGCCAAGGCAAGACCUCAGCCAGCCAGCCAGGCAGCUGGCUCCCAGCUUGGGCAGAGGCCGAGAGCCCAGGCUGGGCAAACAGCGCUUUCCAAAUGACAGCCUCUCCGUGCUGAGGCAGGUCAAGAAACUGGAGCAGGCUCUGAAGGAUGGGUCGGCGGGGCUGGAUCCCCAGUUACCCGGGACUUGUUAUUCCCCACACUGCCUGCCGGACAAGGCUGAGGAGGGGCCCACCCUCCCUGAGAACCGUGGGGCCGGGCGUAGCUUGGAAUUCAGGUCCCACCACUGGGACCUGGAGGCCAGGGACCCCACCGCUGAGGCCGCAGAGGAAAGGAAAGGCUUGUGCAGGAGGCCCUGCGACCAGAGUCUGGAGGGUGUGGACAGAGGCUCAGAGGGCUCCCCUGCAAAACCCUUCAUCAACCCCCUGCCCAAGCCCCGGAGAACGUUUAAACACGAUGGAGAAGGGGACAAGGACGGGAACCCAGGCAUCAGCUUCCGGAAGGAUAAAAGGCACCUGCCUCCUCUGCCUUCUCUACCUCCCCCGCCCCUGCCCUCCUCUCCCCCACCCUCCUCUGUGAACAGAAGACUGUGGACCGGGAGGCCGAAACCCAGUGCUGACCACAGAAAGUCCUAUGAGUUUGAAGACUUACUGCAGUCUUCUUCUGAGAACAGCAGGGUGGACUGGUACGCACAGACCAAGUUGGGGCUCACACGCACUUUAUCUGAGGAGAACGUCUACGAAGACAUUCUAGAUCCGCCAAUGAAGGAAAACCCUUAUGAGGACGUUGAGUUACAUGGUCGCUGCCUGGGAAAGAAAUGCGUCUUGACCUUUCCUGGUUCUCCCACUUCUUCCAUUCCUGACACAUCAUCUAAGCAGUCAUUAGCCAAACCGGCUUUUUUCCGGCAAAAUUCAGAGAGGAGGAACUUCAAACUGCUGGACACUAGGAAGCUGAGUCGGGAUGGAUACGGGUCCCCUUCCAAAAUCAGCCCCCCCUCCACUCCCAGCAGCCCUGAUGACACUUUCUUUAACCUUGGAGACCUGCAGAAUGGCAGGAAGAAGAAAAAGAUACCCAAGCUGGUGUUGCGAAUCAAUGCCAUUUAUGAGGCCCGGAGAGGAAAGAAGCGUGUGAAGAGGCUGUCCCAGUCAACGGAGAGCAACUCAGGAAAAGUGACAGAUGAGAACAGUGAGUCUGACAGUGACACAGAAGAGAAGCUGAAAGCUCACAGCCAGCGCCUGGUCAAUGUGAAGUCCCGCCUGAAGCACGCUCCCAGAUACCCCUCCCUGGACCGGGGGCUCACGGAGUACCAGCAGAGGCAGCUGUUCGAGUACUUUGUGGUCGUGUCCCUGCACAAGAAGCAGGCCGGGGCUGCGUAUGUGCCAGAGCUCACCCAGCAGUUCCCGCUCAAGUUGGAAAGGUCUUUCAAGUUCAUGAGAGAGGCUGAGGACCAGCUGAAGGCCAUCCCUCAGUUCUGCUUCCCCGAUGCCAAGGACUGGGCUCCCGUCCAGCAAUUUACCAGUGAAACCUUCUCAUUUGUCUUAACUGGAGAAGAUGGGAGCAGACGGUUCGGUUAUUGCCGAAGACUACUGCCCGGUGGCAAAGGGAAGCGUCUCCCUGAAGUUUACUGCAUCGUGAGCCGCCUGGGAUGCUUCAGCCUCUUUUCAAAGAUCUUGGAUGAGGUGGAAAAACGGCGAGGCAUCUCUCCUGCCCUGGUACAGCCCCUCAUGAGGAGUGUCAUGGAGGCCCCUUUCCCAGCACUGGGCAAAACCAUCGUUGUCAAGAACUUCUUGCCAGGAUCAGGAACUGAAGUGAUUGAACUGUGCCGCCCGCUGGACUCCCGGCUCGAGCAUGUGGACUUUGAGUCUCUCUUCUCCUCUCUCAGUGUCCGCCACCUGCUCUGUGUUUUUGCCUCCCUGCUUCUGGAAAGGAGGGUCAUCUUCAUCGCAGACAAGCUCAGCACGCUGUCCAAGUGCUGCCACGCCAUGGUGGCCGUCAUCUACCCCUUCACCUGGCAGCACACCUACAUCCCCGUGCUGCCGCCCGCCAUGAUCGACAUCGUGUGCUCGCCGACCCCCUUCCUCAUCGGCCUGCUCACCAGCUCGCUGCCGCUGCUCCGGGAGCUGCCGCUGGAAGAGGUCCUUGUGGUCGACCUCGUCAACAAUCGGUUCCUCAGACAGAUGGAUGAUGAGGAUUCCAUCCUCCCCAGGAAGCUUCAGGUGGCCCUGGAGCACAUUCUGGAGCAGAGGAACGACCUGGCGAGUGACCAGGAUGAUGGGCCCCCGGACUGCAAGUACGGCCCCGAGUCCAGCCCCUUGAACGAGGUGGUGUCCGAAGCCUUUGUCCGCUUCUUCGUGGAGAUCGUGGGCCACUACUCCCUGUUCCUGACAGCGGGCGAGCGCGAAGAGAGGACCCUGCAGCGAGAGGCCUUCCGCAAAGCCGUCUCCUCCAAGAGCCUCCGCCGCUUCCUGGAGGUUUUCAUGGAGACCCAGACCUUUCGGGGCUUCAUCCAGGAGCGGGAGCUGCGCCGGCAGGAUGCCAAAGGUUUGUUUGAGGUCCGAGCCCAAGAGUACCUGGAAACACUCCCCAGUGGAGAACACAGUGGUGUCAAUAAGUUCCUGAAGGGACUCGGCAAUAAAAUGAAGUUUCUCCACAAGAAAUAACCUUCAGCUCAGCUUCAAGGGAAAACUUCGUCCUAGUUGCAUCCACAUUUUUAAAAAACAGUUCCUGGUGGCCUUUCUGAAACGCUGGGUCCUGGGUGUCACAGGUGCGGGAUAAAGGCCGGAAUGGCUUCUGGCUACCCCAGGGCCUCCCCAGGACCCAGGUUCCAGCAGGUGCUGCUCCUUCAGAACAGCCC